GGACCCCACGGAACCCCUCGGACCCGGACUGUUCGGGAGGAGGAGUCCAGCAGAAGCACGAGGAAAGGAUCCUUUGAUGUCAUAAACUGAUCUCGUUUCAUUUGUAUGAUCUCACGGCGGAGAGAUACAGGUGUUGUAACCUCGGAGUCUCCUUUUUUUCUGCUGACACUGCGGAUGCUCAUCUGGACCGAGUGACUGCAUUCAUUUGCGCGGGUUCGUGCGCUCCGGCUGGCGCACACCUCACCUGGCUGGAGGGGGGAAUCCACCUGCACGGAAGCCCCCGCGCGCGGACACUUUGCUGCACGACACGGAGUCCCGCGGUUCUCUUGCCCUUCUUUAACUCGGCCCGAAAGGAUCCGCUCCGGUGCGCGGUGCGCGCGGUGUGCGCGUGCGUCCGUGCCAGAGAUGGGGCUCUGAGGAGGCAACGCCAAGAGGAGGCUGAGAGGAGGAGCAGGAGGAGGAAGAGGAGGGAGGGGAGGGUUCGAGUCCGGGACCAUGGUCCAGUGUGCCGGGUGCGAGAGGCCCAUCCUGGACCGCUUCCUCCUGCACGUGCUGGAUAGCGCGUGGCACGCGGCGUGCGUGCAGUGCUGCGAGUGUCAGUGUCACCUGACGGACAGGUGCUUCUCCAGGGACGGGAAGCUCUACUGCAAGGAGGACUUCUUCAGGCUGUUCGGCACGCGGUGCGCGCGCUGCGGCCUCGGCAUCCCCCCGAGCGCGCUCGUGCGCAGAGCGCGCAGCCGCGUGUUCCACCUGCACUGCUUCACGUGCGUUCUGUGCCACCGGCAGCUGUCCACCGGGGACGAGCUCUACGUGCUGGACGACGGCAGGUUCCUGUGCAGAGAGGACUUCCUGAGCGGGGGCGCGGAGAAGGACGCGAACCUGCCCUCGGUGGCCGCGUGCAGCGACCCCAGCUCGUCCCCGGACUCCCGCGAGCCCCCGGAGGAGGUCGCCGACGCGGAGACGGAAACGGGCCCCCCGUCGGACAGAGAGGCAACCGCCGCGGAGCACGAGGAGCAGAGCGCGAGCGCCAAACGCCGGGGACCCCGCACCACCAUCAAGGCCAAGCAGCUCGAGACCCUGCGGGCCGCGUUCGCCACCACGCCGAAGCCCACGAGGCACGCGCGCGAGCAGCUCGCGCAGGAAACCGGCCUCAGCAUGCGCGUCAUCCAGGUGUGGUUCCAGAACCGGCGGUCCAAGGAGCGGCGCAUGAAGCAGCUGAGUGCUCUCGGCGCGCGGCGGCACGCGCUGCUGCGGAGCCCGCGGCGGAUGCGUGCGCUCGCGCUCGCGGGGCGACUGGAGGCCGGGGAGCCGAUCCCGAACGGGCUCUUCCCGUACUACGGGGAUUACCGUGGUGAUUACUACAGUGUUGGGACCAACUACAAUUACUUCCCCCAGGGCCGUCCCCCCGUACUUGGGCAGACUCCCUGUGAACUGAGCUUCGUACCCUCCCCAGGCCACAGCGAGAACCCGGGGGUGGGAUCGGAGCACCACCAGCCCGGGGAGGGACAGCGCUACUCGGACCUCCUGGCUCAUCAGCCGGGGGACUCGCCCAGCCCCGAGCCCCUUCGCAACACCCCCUCCGAAGCCUUCGAGCCCGGCCCCGCCUCUGGCUCCGCCCCCAAUGUGUCGUUCACCUCACUGUCCUUGGGUGGUGCCACCGGGUUCGGUCCCCUGUCCCACCCCACCUCGGAAAUGAGCGAAGGCAGCGUGUGGUAGCCAAGGGGGGGGAGAGGGGUGGGGCUAGACUCAAGAAGAUGAAGGCAGGGGCAUCACUUUACCCUCACCUUAUUUAUUAAAUUAUUUGUCCGUUUAUGUAUUUAUUGUAUUUAUUUCCUCAGUAUAAUUUUGUCAGCAAAAAGACGGGUAUGGAAUGGAACAGCCGUUACCAUGGCAGCAAACUCACGCUAACUGACGGGUGGGACGUCGGA